CCGGUAAAGCCUAUGCGAGUAUACACAUAUAUAUAGUCGAUACAGGUGCACUAUAAUACGCAUAACUACACUCGUCGAAGAAUCGUUCGAAGCAUAGGUUGUGGAGUCACCGUAUUUCGUCACGUAUCUCCAUUCGAAUAGGAGUUCAAAAACCUUUUGUCCGCAAGUCGCCGGCACCACUACAACAGAGGUCGCGACAAGUCGCACGCGGGGGCUCCGACUAGUUUUUCGUCUUCCGUCCGCGACGAGUAUACCUAUAGCUGGCUAUAAUACGUGCCCGAAGACCAGGUCCAUUCGUAAUCCGCUCGCCUUUUACCAACCAUGGUUCUGCACGCUCCGACCGCUACCGCCGCUGCGCUUGUUCUGUUCGUGGGCCUUGCGCUCGGACAACAACAGAACAACCGUGAAUUCCAAUGUCCCCAGAAACCAGGGUUCUACGCCGAUCAGAUACAAUGCGAUCUGUACUACCACUGCUCCGUGGACGGCGAACUAACGGAAAAACUCUGCCCCGAUGGACUGCUGUUCGACGACUCCAGUCCGAGUCACGAGAAAUGCGAUACGUCCGUAAACGUGGACUGCGGCCAGAGGACCGUUCAGCAGGAACCGAAACCGUCUAAAGGCUGUCCUCGGGCCAACGGCUACUACAGGCAUUGGGACGAGGGUGUCUGCGACAAGUUCGUCAAUUGCGUGGACGGCAACGCCAACGAGAUGCCGUGUCCACCCGGUCUAAUAUACGACGAUUCCACAAGUUCUUGCGCCUGGGCGACGGACAGCAAGCGGCAAUGCACUACGACCAAAAAAGACGCUCUCACGGACGGUUUCUCAUGCCCAGACGGUGACGUGGUCGGUCCCAAUGGCAGAAUCUUACCCCAUCCGACAUUCGCCCACCCCGACGAUUGUCAAAAGUUCUACAUCUGCCGGAACGGCGUCAUCCCGCAAUACGGUAGCUGCUCCGCGGGUUCCGUGUACAACGACGUGUCGUUCAAGUGCGACGAACCGGAAAACGUACCAGGAUGCGAAAAUUACUACGAAAACGAGGACGAGAAGAAGGGCGGAAAAAAUUAAAAUCUCAUUUGUAUAAUCUAUAUAGUGUAAUUAUUUUAUAUUUAAAUGUAAAAUAAAUAUUUUUGUUGUUUUAAAAAGCAA